AUGUUUCAAAAUAUUAUUAUUAAAUUGUUUUUAAUUAAUUUUAUAAAAAUUGUUUAUACCUCAAGUAGUAAGUGUGAAGAUGGGUAUGUAAUUUUUGAAAAUAUAUGUUAUAAGAAACAUAAUAUUGUUUCUGUUAAUAGAACAGAUGCUGCAACUUUGUGUAAUGAUGAAGAAUCAUCUUUUCCAAUUAUUCAUCAUUUUGGUACAAAUGAAUUUUUGAAAUCAUUUGCAGGUAACAGUUUUUGGAUUGAUUUACAAUGUUAUAAUGAUUCAAAUUGUUCAUGGAGUGACCAAAGUCCAUAUGAUUUUAACAAUUUUCAAAAUUAUAAAGCUAACACAUUAGUUGGAAAUUAUGUAUAUAUUCAACAUAAUCCAAGUCAUACCAAUUUUUAUGGAAUAUGGAUGUCGGCAGAGGAAAAUUUUCUUGCCGGAUCUGUUAUAUGUACGAAAGUUGCCAAUUUUCAUAAUCAAGAUUGUCCCCCUGAUUAUCAAUACAUUUCAAUUGAUAAUUCAAAUUGUUAUAAAUAUGUUAAUAUUCAAAGAAAUUUUAGUGAUUCAUAUAAUGAUUGUACUAGUGAUACAGGAAAUCUUGUAUCUAUACAUUCAUUAAAAGAAAAUCUUGAUAUUAUAGAGUUUGUUAAUAAGAAUCAGAAUGAAAAAUCAAUUUGGAUUGGUUUAACUUAUAAUAUUUCACAAGAUGUAUCACAAUGGAUUGAUAAUACUAAUUUAACUUUUACAAAUUAUAAACAAGGUUUUCCAAGUAAAUAUUUUGGUGAUGUUUUUGAAAUGUUAGUUGUAAAUGAUAUUGAUGCACUUGGUUAUUGGUUAAAUACAAAUUCAGAAAACAAACUACCAUAUGUUUGUAUGAUGACUGCUGAUGAAGUAUCUAAUUAUUGGAAAAAUAAAUUUACUACACAAAAACCAAUUGAAGUAAAUACACUCUCACCAGAAGGUCAAUGUCCACAAAAUAAUUUUUAUCAAAAUAAUGGAACUAUAUCUUCUCCUGCUUAUCCUAGUUUUUAUGGUAAUGAUGUUAGUUGUGAUUAUUAUUUAAUUAUGACAAAUCAUUCUUUGGUCCAAUUUAAAAUUAUUGAUCUUUAUAUUGGUGAAGAUGAUAUAUUACAAGUUUAUGAAGGUAAUUACAUUAAAUUAUUAAAAGAAUUUACUGGUUUUAAUAAUCAUGAUGCAAUUGGAGAAGUAAUCUCAACUUCUAAAGAAUAUUCUAUGGUACUUUCAUUUAAAUCUUCAAAUAAACACCUUUCAAUGUAUAGAGGAUUUGUAGGAAAUUUUGAAAUGUAUGAUCCUACAAUAACAACUACUAAUAUUCCUUUAACAACUUUACCUAGUACCAUUGAUCAAACAAAUAACACUUCUUGUCCUAAUAAUAUAUUUACUGAUGCAUCAGCUCAAGUUGAAUCACCAGGAUAUCCUAAUCCAUAUGGAGAAAAUUUGAUUUGUUAUUAUAUUAUCAAAGUAUCAGAAACAAAAAGAAUUGCACUCAAUAUUAUUGAACAUCAUUUUUCACUAAAUGGUGUUGAGUUGUAUGUUUAUAAUGGACAAGGUGAAACAAAUGAUAAAAUUCUUGAAAUUACAAAAGAUGAUAAUAAUAAUGGAACAUUAAUGGCUUUAUCAAAAUCUAAUGUUGUUACUGUUGUCUUUUAUACAACAGAAAAUCCAGGAAUCAUAGGAGAUAAAUGGUUGUUUUGGUAUAGAACAUUUUAA